AUGGACUACAAUCAUUAUGUGAACAUCGCACACCACAAUGACCCUCCUGCUCUCAGAGCAUCUUUGCUGCUGAAUCUCGCUGGACCUGAUGCCAUGUGGAGGGCUAACUCGUUUGAAUACCGUCCAGCGGUCAUGGACGCAGCUGACCAGGUUGUUGAGCCUGCUGAAUCUCCGAACGACCCAGCCUGUCUCCUGAGCAAGUUUACGGAGAUCUGUGACCUUCCUUCAAAUCGAAUUUUGGAGCGAACACGUUUGUUCUCCCGCAAGCAGCAGCCUGGGGAGCCGGUGGAAUGUUUCAUUGCUGACCUCCGCCACCUGUCGCAGCGCUGUCGUUUUGGUGAGUUGCGUGACGAGCUCACGCGGGAUAUAUUGGUUAAUGGCAUGCUUGAUCAAAAGCUGCGGACUGAUUUAAUGCAGAAACCUGACCUCACGUUAAAUGAAGCUAUGCAUGCCUGCCGGUUGGCUGAGGUCGUUACUCCGGUCAGUGGGGAGAGAGGUUCUGGGAACCGCACCAUCGCUGUGGCUACUCUGUCCGUGCCGCGAAGGGCACCUAGCAAUUCCAGACUACAGUCUGGCCUCCCUUUUGCCCCCCCCCCCCGCCCCCAGGGUGCCAGGAAGUGCCCUAAUUGUGGGUAUGGUCAUUUGCCACAGGCUGCUUGUCCUGCUAUCGGAAAAGCCUGUAACUACUGCAGAGAGCAAAACCAUUUCGCGUCGGUCUGCCGUUCCCGUGGGAACGUGGCUCAGCCACCUCGCCAGGUGCUCAACAAUUUCCAAAGGAUCGACAAUGUCCUUGAUUCUCAGCGCGACGAGGAUUCCGCCCUCGAGUCCGACUCCAGCAUUUCGAUGGGGGAUGCUAGUGUUUACGCUCUGCUGCACAACCAGACUCGACUUCCCGAUCCAUCGGUGCUAGUCACUGUCAAUAACAAGACCCUCACAGCGAAGUUGGACACUGGUGCGAAGGUCAGUGUAAUUUCAACAAAGCUCUUCAACAAGAUAAGGACUAAUGAGCAACUGUCUGCGGAUCGCUCAGUGCUGAGAGCCUAUGGUGGGGAGGAGCUGACUCCUGUGGGGAGGGUAACUUUCCACUGCAAGCUACAGAAGACUUCUCGUGAUUUAUCGUUUUUUGUCCUGGACUGUGAUUGUGUGCCUCUGCUGAGUAAUCAGGCUUGCCAGGAUCUGGGCCUGGUUGCAUUUGACAGUAAUGUCCAUGAGGUGCGGGUGAAGUUAGACCCCGUGUCCGAAUACCCCGAUCUUUUUGAUGAUAAGUUGGGGAAGCUACCCCUCGUGUACAAGAUUGCCGUUGACUCAUCUGUCACCCCAGUGUGCCGUCCGUCUCAUAGUGUUUCUUUUGCGAUGAAGGACAAGGUCAAAGCUAUGCUAGGCAAGAUGGUGAACCUGUGGGUCCUGGAAGCUGUCAGCGAGCCCACAAGCUGGGUGUCCACCAUGGUUGCAACCCUGAAGAAGGGCAAGAACGAAAUUCGGGUCUGUAUCAACCCGAAGGACUUGAAUACUGCCAUAAAGAGACCACACUACCCUAUGAGGACUGUCGAGGACGUAGCUGCCCAGGUUGGCCAAGCCACCGUGUUUUCUGUUCUUGAUGCCAGAAGCUCCUUCUGGCAGAUUCCUCUGCACAGCAAGUCGUCCGACCUGACAACUUUCGCUACGCCUUUUGGGAGGUACAAGUUCCUCAGAAUGCCUUUCGGGAUUAUCUCCGCCAGUGAGGUUUUCCAGCGCACUAUGGAUCAAUUGUUUGCCGGGCUCCCAUGUGCCAUCAUUGUAGAUGACAUCCUUGUGUACGGCCGGGAUGUCGAGGAACAUGACCUGAAUCUCCGCCGGGUUCUCGACCGCGCUCGUCAGAUAAACCUCAAGCUGAAUCCCUCCAAGUGCAGAUUCCGACUGUCUGAGGUUUCCUACGUCGGACACAUUUUCACCUCUCAGGGUCUGAAGCCCGACCCUGCUAAGACUACGGCUAUCUCAGAAUUUCCAGCCCCUGUUGAUGUUGCUGGUCUGCAAAGAUUUCUCGGGAUGGUGAACUAUUUGGGCAAAUGUGUCCCGCGCCUCAGUGAACUCAGUGCGCCGCUGCGCCUUCUGACCAAGAAGGACGUUGCCUGGUCAUGGAGCCCACAGCACCAACUGUCUUUUGACACUUUAAAAACGAUGCUGGUUGACACUCCAGUACUGCGAUUUUUCGACCUCAAGCUCCCGAUUGUUGUGACCUGUGAUGCCUCCCGUUUUGGCCUUGGUGCUGCCUGCAUGCAGCUCUGUGAUGGUGAUUCGCUGCUGCCUGUCUCGUUUGCCUCUCGCACCAUGACUGACACGGAGCAGAGGUAUGCUCAAAUCGAGAAGGAGCUCCUGGCUGUGGUGUUUGCGUGUUCGAAGUUUCGGGAUUUUCUCUACGGUGUGCGGUUCACGGUCGAAACGGACCACCAGCAACUGGUGACUAUACUGAAUAAGCCCAUCCAUGCCGCCCCGGCCCGUUUGCAGCGGAUGAUGUUACAGCUGCAGCGGUUUGAAUUUGACAUAGUGUACAGGAAGGGCACGGAAAUGCAUGUUGCCGAUGCCCUGUCGCGGGCGCCUUUGUCCUCCUGUGCCCAGCAUCCAUAUGAACAAUCUGAUCUGCAUGUCCUCAACGUGAAUUUGGUCCCCUCGAAGCAGUUGCAGAUUUUGAUUGAGCACACCGCUGCGGACUCUGACUUGCAGCAACUGUCUGCUGUUAUUCUGCGUGGUUGGCCCUACAAGCCGCACUCCCUGCCUGCUGCCGUGCGGCCGUUCUUCCUGGUUCGGGACGAACUCGUGCUUCGGGAUGGUAUUGUCAUUAAGGGUCACAAAGUGAUUAUUCCUGCAUCGUUAUAUGACGCCUACUAUACUGCUGCACACUCCGGACACCCGGGCGCAGACGCCACCGUUGCCCAUGCUCAAGGGCAGUACUAUUGGCCUGCUAUGGCUAAGUACAUCAAGGCUCGUGUUGCCGCGUGUGCUGCAUGCAACUCCAUGGCCCCUCACCAUCAACGACAGCCCCUGCUACAACAGCCGGCCCCUGACAUGCCCUGGUCCUCACUGGCUGCCGAUAUUUUUGAAUGGCGUGGGAAGAAUUAUCUGGUACUUGUUGACUCAUAUUCGUCUUGGUUUGAUGUGGACCUUCUUCCCACCAUCACCUCGGAGAUGGUCAUCGGCAAGCUGCGACGCCACUUCGCUACUUUCGGCUCACCGGUCAAGCUUCAAACUGACAACGGCCGGCAGUUUACUAGUGCUGAAUUUGCUGCCUUUGCGACUAAGUGGAACUUUGCCCACUACACUAGCAGCCCGGAGUUACCUCAGAGCAACGGGUUGGCGGAACGUGCUGUGCGCAGCGCUAGGACUUUGUUGGCGCAGUCUCGUUUGUCAAAUUGUGAUUUUUACCAAGGACUUUUGAAUUUGCGUAAUGUUUCUCGGGAUGGGGUUUUGGGCUCUCCUGCUCAACGGCUCAUGUCUCGCGUCCUUCGUCCUCCUAUGCCUAUCUCUCAACAGUCGCUGACCCCCGUGGUUCGUCCCCCUGAGGUGGUCCACCGCCGCAUCUCUCACCGCCAUGAGAUCCAGCGUCGGUCUCAUGACAAGUCUUGUCGUCCUCUGCCUUCCCUUUCCGCGGGCCAGGUCGUUUGCAUGCAGACGUCUACUGGUUUUUCUAAUCUUGCAACUGUUGUAGGGCUGGCUGACUCCCCUCGGUCCUAUUUGGUGGAUUACGAGGGUACUGUAUACCGUCGCAGUCGCCAGCAUCUGCGUGCUGUCCGUGAGCCUGCUCCCCCGAUCCAGUUCCCGCACACGUCCACUCCUUUACCUGCCUCUCCCCCUCGGACUGUCCCAUGUACCCCUGCUGUCGUUCAUGCGCCUGCACAACAUACUCCUGUGCCACCUGAAUUCGGUUCUCCUGCAGUGUCCCCACGGUCUUCUCCUGUCAGUUCUCCUGCAGUUUCCCCACGGUCUUCUCCUGUCAGUUCUCCCAUUUCGUCCUCCCCUUCUAGUUCAUCUCUCGCCUCGCCGGCUUCUAGUCCCCGACCUGUUUUACUGCCUGUUCCAUCCCCCCGCUCUUCUCUGCCUUUGUCUUUGGGGGAGGGGAGUGAGGGUGCUGUAUGGACCCGCUCUGGCAGAGUUGUGUGGGGCCCUGAUCGGUAUGGUGAUUAUGCUUAAGUUUAGGGUGUUCACUUACUAUUAUUGUUAUUUUGUGCAGGUCUGUAUAAUUACCUGCUGCUGCUGUUUAUCUUAAGGGAAGGGAUGUAGAUGGUUAUGCAUGCAACCAUAUAUGUAACUACCUCAUUAGCAUAUUGUCCCUCCCACAUUCUAUAGUAUAACUGUAGUGUCUGCAUGUUCCCUCCCUGUUAGGUUCCAGUACGUGUGUAGACCAGUUGUGGUUAGUACUGGAACGUGUGUGAUUAGUGCUUGAAUAAAGACUUAGUUAAAGGACUAUGGACGACGUCUAGUUUCCUUUACAAACUAUGACCGAGAUAUUAAUGUUUUUACUUCAUUCCCCAUUCUCUCUGCUGCCCCCGCUGGCGGCAGGGGAGGGAGGGGCUAUAAAACCCGGAAGCGUCCCGCUUCAACUCACUUUCUUGCCGGCCACAAAGUGAAAGGGUCACGGCUCUCUGAGCUGCAGCUCUGCUCCCAGGAAAUAGUCAUCAAGAGGCAGUGAGCAGCAGAACACAACAAGACG